GGCCAGCCGGCCACUACAGCGCGAGUGGCACCGCCCUUGGCCACUUCUUCGUCGGGAGCUUCACCGGCGAUGAGCAGGGAUAAACCAUCUGCGCGCAAGCAGCCUGCCCGCCUGAUUCUCGUGGGGGAGCGGAGACCAUGGCUCCAGUAGGUAGCUCGCGGAGCGACCUUAGGAGGCCGGGGAGAGGCGGUGGCACCGACCAAGAGAGCAGCAAGCCCAAGCCGCGGCUUGAUGGAGAUGAUCUUUGUGCAAUAUGUGACAAUGGUGGUAAUGUAACUUGCUGCGAUGGUGGAUGUGGGAGGUCUUUCCACCUAACUGAUGAGAACAGUGAAGGAUCUAGGUGCAGAUUAGUGCUUGGGCUAACCAAAGAACGGGCAGAAAUGAUACUUGCUGAUGAUGAUAAAGAUUUUAUAUGCAAGAACUGCAAGUAUAAGCAACAUCAAUGUUUUGCUUGUGGAAAGCUGGGAUCUUCUGACUUGUCAUCUGAAGCUGAGGUGUUCCAAUGUGAGGUUGAUGAUUGUGGGCGCUUUUACCACCCUAAGUGUGUUGCUAAAUUGCUCUACCCGGAUAACAGACUCGAGGCAUCACUUUUUGGGGACCAAGUUGCAGCCAGACAAAAAUUCACUUGCCCUAUUCAUGAAUGUAUUGAGUGCAAGGGAGAAGAGAACAAGAACGAUAGGAACAUGCAGUUUGCAGUAUGCAGACGCUGCCCAACUACAUACCACCAGAAAUGCUUGCCAAGUGACAUCCCCUUUAAAACAAAGGAAGGUCCCAAUGGCUACAUGCAAAGGGCGUGGGAUGAGUUGGAGGCACCAGAUGGACGUGUCAUUGCUCGUGAUCGAAUUUUGAUCUACUGCACGAAGCAUGAGAUCAUAAAAAAGUUUGGAACUCCCGAAAGGAAUCACAUCAUCUUUCCGGAUGAAGAAGAUAUACCCGAGGAAGAAGAACAGCUCGACAACGCCUCACCUGAAUCACCUCAAUCUCCUCCGCCAGUUGCAAGAGAUCAGAACCAGUGCUCCUGUUCUAGUCCUAUCAACUCGUUUGCACCAGUAUCCUUGUUUACGCAUCCACAUCCAGGAACUUGUGGUUGGCUUGGUGACUGACCAUCCGGCACCAUUCACCCUCCCUUGUUAAUAACCCAACAGUAAUACUACAUGUUCUUUCUGUUGGCCUGCGGAGGUAGACAGACCGACAGUACAGGGUGGUGGGCAGGUUGGACUGGCCUGUUAGAUUAGUUUGGAAAUUUAGGGUGACAUCUUGUGCAACUAAAUUGCCAUAAUGCUCAGUUAUAUGUGCCAGAAGCUAUAGAGCCUGGUUAUGACUAGUAUCGGAGGUUUUCAGAGAUUUACCUUUAUAAAUGCUCGUAUGAUGGCAAGACCAAGAUCUUUAUUUCGCAAGCCUUCCAAGAUACAACCUGUCUACCUGGCGAUGGACACUGUGUGCUGUGUGAUCAUUUCCUUUAUCAAUGCUCAGUGACAAGUUUCGCUGGCUGUUGUGUGAUCCAAGCCUUAGGCUGGAGAGCUAGCCCUCAGUCUAUGACUGAUUUGGUAUCUGGUUGGCUUCCUAGAAAUUUGGGGUUUCCUAUUAUCCUGGACUACUGCAGCUCUGGCUUAUCAAUCUGGUAAAUGUGCGACAAAAUGGUGAUGGAGAAACAAGUUCCCACAUUAGCAAAGAAAAAAUGCGGUUGCUGAAGUGGCGGAGAACAGGAAGCGUAUGGAGGGAUUGUUGUUGCCUUGGUUGGAAAACAGGAGGUGCCUUGAAGGAAUCGUGUUGCAAACUUGCAGUUGCGAUGGAUGAAAGACUACCUGAAGAAACCCAAAUUAUAACCUUUCCGCGAUUUUCAGUAAUAGGCUCUGAGAAAGUGUUCGCCUUUCGUUUUCAACAGUGAUGAGGCAACCCGGUGUCCCCUGCCUGAUGUGACGAACUAGUUUGAUGCACUUUCUUUGAAGGCGUGUUGGAUGAAUAUAUUCAUCCAUUUCCGUUUGUAAGGAUGUCUUUGUGUUCCGAAAAGAGAGUGAUUUGUGUUUGUAAAAAUUUCUGGAUUUUUGACUACCCGAUCAUCAUAAGGACUCGAAUC